GGGGAUGCAAACCCACAGCUUGGGGCUGCAUCUAGAGUCAGUCAGAUGACAUCUCCAGGGGGUCUUGAGGUCGGUGAAGAAUCAGGGUCUUCCCCAGAAGCUCUCAUUUCAGCCUGGCUAGAACCCUGCCAAGGCCUUCUGACUAAGAGAGAUCGUGGGGGAAAAGGGGUCACUCCCAGCAGCUGGUCUGGGAGAUAGCAGCAAGAAGGGAGUAGCAGACAAGAAACCUGUCGGGAGGCUCACAGAGGACAGAAGUGUCCCAUCUUUUCAGUGUGAAGAGAGAUCUGGAGUGAGAGCCCAGAGCCCAGAGGCAACAGGUCAAGGCCAACAUUUCCUGUGUGCAAGUGGAUCUGAGUAGCCUGUGGCCAUGGGACAAGCUCUGAGUAUCAAAAGCUGUGACUUAAAGGCAGCCGAAAACAAUGAGGAGCACCACACCAAAGCCCUCAGCUCCCGGCGCCUGGUUUUGAGGAGGGGACAGUCCUUCAUUAUCACCCUGAACUUCCGUGCCCCGGUCCACAAAUUUCUGACUGCCCUGAAGAAGGUGACUCUCGUGGCACAAACUGGAGAGCAGCCUUCCAAGGCCAACAAGACUCAAGCCAUAUUCCCGAUUUCCUCUUUGGGGGACCGAAAAGGAUGGAGUGCAGCAGUGGAAGAAAGAAGUGCCCAGAACUGGACCAUCUCCGUGACCACGCCCGUGGAUGCUGUCAUUGGCCACUACUCACUCCUGCUUCAGGUUUUAGGCAGGAAACAAUACCCUCUGGGCCAAUUCACUCUGCUCUUUAAUCCCUGGAAUAGAGAUGAUGCCGUGUUUCUUCAAAAUGAGGCUCAACGCACUGAAUACUUACUGAACCAAAAUGGCUUUAUCUACCUGGGCACCGCUGACUGCAUUCAGGAGGAGCCCUGGGACUUUAGUCAGUUUGAGUGCGAUGUCAUGGACCUCAGUCUGGACUUGCUGAGCGUGGACAAGCAAGUGGAGAAGUGGAGCCAGCCUGCACAUGUGGCCUGUGUGGUGGGCACCUUGCUGCGUGCUCUCAGGAAGAAGAGUGUCCUGCCUAUUUCACAGACCCACGCUGCCCAGGAAGGGACCUUCCUGUACAAGCAUCGGGGCAGUGUGCCCGUACUGCGGCAGUGGCUCACUGGCCAAGGACGACCUGUGUAUGAGAGUCAGGCCUGGGUGUUCGCUGCUGUUGCUUGCACAGUGCUACGUUGCCUGGGAAUCCCAGCACGCGUCGUGACCGCAUUUCCUUCAGCCCAGGGCACCCGUGGGAGCCUGCUGGUGGAUGAAUACUACAAUGAGGAGGGACUCCAGAAUGGAGAAGGACAGAUGGGCCGUAUCUGGAUCUUCCAAACUUCCGUAGAAUGCUGGAUGAACAGACCUGAUUUGUCCCACGGUUAUGACGGAUGGCAGAUUCUGCACCCAAGAGCUCCUAUUGGAGUUGGAGCCCUAGGAUCCUGCAGUCUGGUCCCAGUCAGGGCAGUCAAGGAGGGGGAACUGCAGCUGGAUCCAGCAGUAUUAGAUCUUUUUGCUGCGGUCAAUGCUAGGUGUGUGGUCUGGAAAUGUUGUGAAGAUGGGACCCUGGAACUGACCCAGUCCAGCAGAAAGAAUGUGGGCGAUAGCAUCAGUACCAAGGUCGUGGGCAGUGACCGCUGCGAAGACAUCACCCAGAACUACAAGUAUCCUGAAGGGUCCCCUGAAGAGAAAGAGGUCCUGGAAAGAGUCCAGAAAGAAAGAAGGAAACGCUGGAAAGACAAAGGCAUGCGUCCUCCGAGUCCUGAGCCUGCUGACCCUCUGUACCUGUUCUUGGACACACCUAGCUCUCUCCCUUUGAGAGGGAAUGGCCAAGUCUCAGUUACCCUGAUUAACCCCACCGACCAGGAGAAGGAGGUUCACCUGGUGAUUAGGGCUCAGGCUGUGUACUACAAUGGAAUCUUUGCUGCUGAUCUCUGGAGGCAGAAGCAGUCCUUCAGGCUUAGAACCAACCAAGUGCUGAAAAUAUCCACCAACCUGUCCUUCUCCAAUUUUGAGCAAGACCCACCGGAAAACUGCUUCAUCAGAGUCACAGCCAUGGCAACACACUCUCACGCCAGCCUCAGCUGCUUUGCUCAGGAAGACGUAGCCAUUGGUAGACCGAAUCUUAUCAUCAAGAUGCCUGAGCGAGCAGAACAGUACCGGCCUCUCACAGUCACAGUCAGUAUGAAGAACUCCUUAGACUGUCCCAUGCAGAACUGCAUCAUCUCCAUCCUCGGAAGGGGACUCAUUCAUAGAGAGAAGCGAUAUGGACUGGGUUCCGUGUGGCCAGGGAGCUCCCUGUGUACUCAGUUCCAGUUCACACCGACGCAUCUGGGGCUCCAGAGACUCACUGUAGAAGUAGACUGUGACGUGUUCCAGAACCUGACAGGCUACGGAAAUGUCCUGGUGGUGGCUCCCGAAGUGUCUGUUUAAACCCCAAACUACCUUCUAAAGCCAGACUUGCUUUGGAGGAAAACUCUGCCUGUCAGACAAAUGGGGGCAAAAAACCAAGUUAGACUCACAGAAACCAAAAUCUAUUUUUGUUAUGCCAACCUAAGGUAGCCAGAAACACUGUCUUAGAAUAAACCUCUCUGCAUUAGUAACAAAACAGGCUUUGAAAAGACUCUCACAUAACUUUUCUUUUCUUUUUGUUUGUUUGGUUUUGUUUUUCAAGACAGAGUUUCUCUGUAGCUUUGGAGCCUAUCCUGGAACUAGUUCUUGUAGACCAGGCUGGCCUCAAACUCACAGAGAUCUGCCUGCCUCUGCCUCCCGAGUGCUGGGAUUAAAGGCAUGCGCCACCACCACCUGGCUCAGAUAACUUUCAAAGUGCAAUUAGAUGUUUUGAGUACCUUUCCGGACUACACUCAGAUUUGGGGGGUUCAUAUGUUUCGCACCAUUUUGUUGCUCAUUAAUAUAUCCAUUAACUUACAGGAAUGAAAGACAACCUAAUGUUCAAAUCACUCUAGUUCUGGUGACAUAGGACAACAUUGGCUAGAAAUAGAAAUUUUAGGUAAUUCUAAAAUUACAUUGAUUAAUACUAUCCAUGGCCAUUACUAUGAAAGAUCCAAAUAUGACUAAAUAGAACUAUUAAAACACAUAGCAUAGGACCCGAAAGAAUAACCUAAAUUUAGCUACAGUGAGGUCUUUCUGAGUUCUAUACCCAUUAAAUAUCCUACAGCUCAAGUCUGAUGGAAAUAAUACAGACUUGGCCUAAUAGAGAAGUAUGAAAAUUAUGUACAUAGAAAAAGAUACCCUACAAAAAAAGAAGAAUUGAAGGACACUUUUGAACGUU